AAGUAGCCCACUUUGCAUUCAAUGCAUCAUCAAAGAUGUUUCUCUCUGAUGCAAUUUUUUAUGGCAAGACUACUGAGCCUUGCUGGUUCAAAAGUAUCCGCAUUGUGAUUGCACUCGGAUUAGCAAUUGCGAUUUUAUUUUAUGCGUUUAAUCAAGUCGCUAGUAUGCUAAAUUAUUAUCAACUUGACUUAGUAAUAGUAGAAAAAAAAACCUUCGUUCCAUUAAUGCCAAAUGUCUAUCUCUGUGCUAAUUUGCAGUUCACCAAAUAUAAAUGCGAUUCUUCCGAGUCUUAUUUUAAUGCGUCUCAACCCUGUGAAGAAAUCUCAUCAGGCAACUGCAAAGGGUUUCGAUUCAAAGCCAAAUUCGAUGAGAAUUUUGUUAUCGCCUUAAUGAGUUUUGAUAUCACCUUAGCGCCUACGUCAUCUACAGCCAAUGUUUCUUUUAACCUAUCUGAAUACUUGGAUCCAGCUGAAUACUUCAAUUUUUCAUCAUAUGAAUACAUUCCAUCACCAAACCUUUCCAGAAUUGGCAUUUCAGAUCACCA